ACGUCGUCUCUCUCCAUGUGCUCUUCACCUGCAUCAUCCUACCGCAUGACGAUGGAUUUGGAUGCAAGAUACUCGGGCAAGAACUCGAUGAUGGUGCCGAUGGAGCCGUGGUCUUGUCCUUCCUGCACAUUUGUCAAUCGGCCAUUAUCCAUGCAGUGUGAAAUGUGCCGGAAUAUCUACUUCCCUGAUGAUAAUGAUGAUAUUGAAGACGCUGGAGACGAAGAAGAUGACGCUCUUAGUAGUGGAGCACGAAGACGGGCAUUGACUACUGGUGUGAGACCUCCUCCAGCCCCCCAAGGUUCUCGGAGACGAACUCUAGAAGCACUACCGUCACCCAGUCCGUCAUUCGUGUCAUCGACGUCAGCACAGCGACCCGUUCACUCUGAGCGAUCAGUAGGAGUGGCGACGGUAACUACAGCGGCGACGUCAGUAUCUUCGCGGAUGUCAUCACCAUAGGUCAUAGGAAAAAAAAAGAGUCAAGUCUUGCAAGUUUUUGAGUAGAUCCACGAUCACCACCAAGCGACUACAAAGAAGUAAACAAGUUUGGAUGAGAGCCAAUGCGUUCAAGGUAAUACUGUCUUUCAAGGU